GCGUCUACGCGGUGACGUCGCGACACGUGCUUAUCAACUCUUUGUUGCUUUCUCCCCGGAGCACGUCAGGUUGGUUUUGGAGUUUGGGGCAACAUGCCAGAAAUCAUCAGCCUGCUCUCCUCUACCCCUCCACCCCCGGUAGAAAGACGCGAGCAGCUGUCUAUCCGUCGAGCUCAUUUCCACCCGCCCGUCUUGCCCGCUGGCUCGGAGUCGAUCUUCUCCGACGAUAUCGAUAUCCCCGCAUUCACCUAUGAGGACGACAUCGGCAAGCCCGCGAAACGACGGCGGUUAAGCCAUGAGAUCACACCUCCGAGAGAGGUGCCUCUUCCGCCAUCCAAAAAGCCUCUUUUUCUCUUCUCCGAUGAAGAGAUAAUUAUCUCCUCCGACGGCCCCGCCCUCCCGAAACCUUCGGCCUGGAACGGAGAAUCGGAUCCCAUCGUUUUCACCUCCUCUGCUCCAGAACCUACCAAUCCUGUCAGACGAGGAGUGAGCUCUCGUACUGAGAAUGGUAUCUUAAUUGAUGAUGAAGAUGAUGAUGCCAUCGGCAACACUCGAAGUCGAAGGGACGAAAUCCAAGACUUCAGCGACCUGCCUGAAUUUCCGGACAUCAACGACCUGCUCGAUGUGUCAAAGAGAAUUGAAUCGACCGAUUUCUCAAGCAGGACUGCAAUGCUACUAGCGAGCCUCGACCGACCCGAAGCCAGCAAAGACAAGCCAGCCUUCAAAUCAAGGCGAGGUCGCAAGCACAAGGAACAGGAUGACAUAGAAGUGGAAGAAAUACCGUCACCACGAAAGCCCCAGCGCAGAACCACGAAGGUCACAAACGAAGAGAAGGAAGCCAAGGCCAGAGCACGGGAGGAAACCAAAGCGCAGCGAGAACGCGAUAAAGAACUGGAGAAGGAGCGUAAACUGAAGGCCAAGGAGGACAAAGCUCGCGAGAAGCAGCUUGCAGCUGACAUCGCCGAGGUUAACAAACUCAAGGUGGACAAGAAAGAGUCCACCACUGAGAUGUUGAUUGACCUAGCCGAUACCUUUCUCAAUACCAGCGUCUGCAACCAAAUAGCAGAAUAUAUGCGCAUCGUCAAAGUUGACCUCUCAUUCUUUUCUAGUUCCAUUCCUAACAUUGUCAAAUGGCGUCGCAAAGUCCGCGCUACGUAUAACGACUCCCUCGGACAUUGGGAGCCAUGCGCAUCUCACAUCCGCGACGAAGAGGAACAUGUGCUGUGUUUGAUAACGGCCCAGGACUUUGUCAAAAUGGCCAGCGCCUCAUCCACUGAAUCGGGCGAUACCGUCCACGACCACGUUAAACGCCUUAAAGCUGCCUACCCCAAGAGUACGCCGAUAUACCUAAUCGAAGGAUUGACAGCCUUGAUGCGCAAGAACAAUAAUUCCCGCAAUCGAGCCUAUAAAGCCGCAGUGCGUGGAGAGUCCGAAGAAACCUCGACACGUCCAUCCCGAAAGAAGAAGCAGCCGCAACCGGAAACACUCGUCGAUGACGAUACAAUCGAAGACGCCCUUCUCGAAUUACAGGUCAUUCAUGGAUGCUUAAUCCAUCAUACCGGCUCCCCCGCGGAGUCAGCUGAAUGGAUCAAGAAUUUCACCGAGCACAUCUCCACCGUACCAUACCGUCGUGAACGGAUGGGUGUGAACGACUCCGCUUUCUGCAUGGAUGGUGGACAAGUUAAACCUGGCGAGAAUCGGUCCGACACGUUUGUGAAGAUGAUGCAGGAGGUGAACCGGGUUACUGCAUCGAUGGCGUAUGGUAUUGCUUCGCGAUAUCCAAGUGCUAUGGAUUUGGUGAAUGCUAUGCGAAAGGAUGGACCGGGGUUGUUGGAGGAUGUUAAGAAAUCGGCAAACAAAAGCGGCGCCCCGACGGACUCGCGUAUUGGUCCUGCUGCGAGUCGACGGUUAUACAAAGUGUUUAUGGGAUUGGACCCAUCAUCCACUGAGGUUUGAAUUAUAUUCUGGCAGAUGUUGUUCGUUUAUCUCUAUUUGGAGUUGCUGUGGAUAUUGGUAUUUUGCAUACGUCUAUUGGCGUAUUUAUACAAAAACAGGGACGAUGGG